AUGAAGGUCGUAGUGACUGGAGCGUCUGGGUUCCUUGGCUCUCGUCUGGCCGACGCCUUGCUUAGGACUGAACCACCUUGUCCUCUAAAUGUAACCGAGCUCAUCCUAACUGAUGUCUACACUCCUCCGCCAAGAAAAGAUCCCCGAGUCAAAGUUCUGGCACUUGACUUAACAAAACCAUCCGCUGCUGAAGAACUAGUCGGUGAAAAUUGUGAUGUCGUCUUUCACCUUGCUGCUGUUGUUAGUGGACAAGCAGAAGCUGAAUUCGAUUAUGGAUUAAAAGCAAACUUGGAUGCGACUAAGUAUCUUCUGGACGCACUUCGGAAAACAGCACCAAAUGCCAAAUUCGUUUUCGCCAGUUCUGUAGGUGUUUUUGGAGGGGAUUUGCCACCUGUUAUCGAUGACUUGACUGCGACAAUGCCUCAAACAUCGUAUGGAACUGCAAAGGCAAUGUGUGAAUUACUAGUGAACGAUUACUCGCGCCGUGGUUUUGUGGAUGGUCGCAGCGUCAGGUUACCAACAGUGAGCGUACGUGCGGGUGUCGCAAAUGCUGCGAUGACGUCAUUUGCCAGUGGAAUAGUUCGGGAGCCUUUAAACGGCGAAGUUGCAGUAUGCCCGGUAGAUAUGAAACAGGAAUUGUGGCUGACUAGUCCUGCGACAGUGAUACACAACAUUAUCCAUGCAGCAACAUUGGAUGCCAGUGCUCUGGGCAAGUGGCGUUCCAUUAACCUUCCCGGACUCUGUGUCUCAGUGGGGGAUAUGAUUGCAGCUCUCCGUGAAGUCGCCGGGGAUAAAGUUGCUUCCCUCAUUCGCUACGAAUAUAAUGAAACGAUUUCCCGCAUGGUUGCUUCUUUACCAGUGCAUUUUGAUAACAAGAGCGCUCUGAAACUCGGUUUUGCUGUGGAUGCUAACUUUAAUGAAAUUAUUUCUCUUUAUUUGAAGGAAAAGAACUACAAAUUAAAAUAA